AUGCCCAUGGCACUAAAAAAAGCGCUGGAGAGGCUCAAGCCAGGCCACAGCAGCCAUGGCUCCGACGACGACAGCGGCAUCAAGUCAUCUAGCGGCGUGAAUACGCCAGUCUACUCGACUGCCAACGGCAGAGCCCAGUCACCGCAGGCCACGCCACGCUCGUCUGGUAUCUUCGCCCACAGGCCAAGCGGUGAGAUGAAGCGCGACCAGAUUGCCUCUCCUGCGGACAGUAGGUCGAGCCUCGAUCACGGUACCGCCCCGCGCAAGUCCAUGACCGGUGUCUUCCACCGCGGCACGCAGAGCUCCAGCCGAUCCGGCUCGAAGGAUCGCAAGCACGAGAGAAGCGGCUCACUCUCCACCCACGGCCCAAUGCGAGCUGUCAAGGAGAAGCUUCACAUCGCAGACUCAUCCAGCGAUGAAGGCAGCGGCCCCCUCAACCGAGAUGGUGAACACAUGUCUCGCAACCAGCUGCGCAAACAUGAGAAGCACGCACAACAGGAAGAGCGCCACAAGCAGAACCAGGAGAAGGAAGCAGAAAUCGAGAGGAGAAGGAAGGAGAUGGAGGAACAAGCAAACGCCGAAUUGACGCCAGAGCAAAAGGCGAAGUACGGCUCAGUCCCUCCUAACAGCUAUGCCGGCGAGUGGAAGCACCAACAGCGCGCCAACAUCCAAGAUUUCUCCGCUGAUGAUAUCGGCAAGGAGGUCAUCUUCCGCGCCCGCAUCCACCACCUCCGCAAGAUGAGCUCCAAAUUCGUGUUCUUCGUGUUCCGUCAGCAGCUCGCCACCAUUCAGGGCGUCCUGAUGGAGCACUCAGAUAUUUCCAAGUACAUGCUGUACUGGGCAGAGCAUCUCGAGGUUGAAAGCGUGGUCCUCGUCAAGGGCAUCUUACAGGCUCCCAACUCAAAGCAGGGCGAGGUCACUGGAACCACCAUCCACGACGUCGAAAUCUCCGUGCAUGCACUGCACGUCGAAGCGGAGAUCUCCGACCAUCUCCCCUUCAACGUAUACGAAGCCGAAGUCACACAGGCCGACGUCGAUGCUGAGCUUGCUCAGAACGACCACAAGGAGGGACACAACCGCGUCAGGAUUGCAGACAGAACACGCCUGAACAACCGUAUCAUUGACCUACGGUCAACCGCAUCGCAAGGUAUCUUUCGCAUCCAGUCUGGUAUCUGCAAUCUCUUCCGUCAAGCUUUAGACGAACAGGGCUUUAUUGAGAUUCACACACCCAAGCUGCAGGGUGGUGCCACCGAAUCCGGCGCCAGUGUGUUCAAGGUCGAGUACUUCAGCCGUGGAGCCUUCCUUGCCCAGAGCCCUCAGUUGGCAAAGCAGAUGGCUAUUUCUGCAGACUUUGGCAAGGUUUAUGAAAUUGGUCCAGUGUUCCGUGCCGAAAACAGUAACACAUACCGUCACUUGACGGAAUACACUGGUCUGGAUCUUGAGAUGCAGAUCGACGAACACUACCACGAAGUCCUUCGUGUUCUCGACCGCACGUUCAAGACCAUCUUCAAGGGCAUCUACGAGCGUUUCCGCCCUGAGAUAGAGGUUGUGAAGAAGCACUUCCCCCACGAAGACUUGGUUUGGCUGGACCAGACCCCUAUCAUCCCAUUCGCAGAGGGUGUGCGCAUGUUGAACGAGUCAGGAUGGAGGGACGACAACGGCAACCCUCUUGACGAGAAUGAGGAUUUGGGUACGAGAGACGAAGUGCAGUUGGGUCGUGUUAUCAAGGAGAAGCUCGGCACUGACUACUAUGUCCUGGACAAAUUCCCAGCCAACGCGCGACCAUUCUACGCCAUGCAAGACCCGAACAACCCCGAGCUCACCAACUCGUUCGAUAUCUUCUGUCGUGGGCAGGAAAUCCUCAGUGGCGGUCAGCGCAUCCACGACUCCAGGCUGCUGUUGGACAAGAUGUCCAAGCUCAAGAUGGACCCUUCGACUAUGGAAGAGUACAUCCAGGGCUUCCAGUGGGGUGCACCACCUCACGGUGGUGGUGGUAUCGGUCUGGAGCGUAUUCUCAUGCUCUUGUUGAACCUUGGAAACAUCCGCCACGCUUCUAUGUUCCCUCGUGAUCCCAAGAGCCUGCCUGAGAAGCCAGUCGUCAAGCAGCUGCGCCAUCCAGAUGCGAGCACUAUGCAUCCUCCUUGGGAAGGACAAGAUCGUGUCAUGGCCAAGAUCGACUUGCAACCCAUCGAGAAGCUUAUCGCCAAUUAUGGAGACGCGACCAACACAUCGUGGCUCGAGCCUCGCACAGAGGUUUGGCGGGACCAGAACACUGGUGCGGCAGUCGGGUUCGUACCUCAGGAUGGCUUUGCUAUCACUGUCGGUGACCCGUUGUGUCACGAAUCUCAGUACCUCAAGACCAUGACUGGCUACCUGAAAUACAUCAAGAAGGAGCGCAACCUCAAGCCACUUUGGCUCCUGGUGGGUGCCCCCGUAGAAGAGGUCCUUGCUACAAAGUUCAACUGGCGAACAUUCUCCGUCACUGGUGAGCAGCGAGUGGACCCGGCCCAUAAUCCUGCGGACAAGGAUGCAGACGUACAGCGCAAGAUUCGUCAUGCCGAAAAGGAAGGCGUCAAGAUCAGCGACUACUCUAUUGGUACACCGCCACCACCAGAGGUCAAGAAGCAGGUCGAUGCUCGUGUCGAAGACUGGUUGAAGGGCCGCAAGGGUCGUCAGGUACACUUGACCAACAUCCACCCAUGGCAGGACGAGGAGCACCGCCAGUACCAUAUUGCACAUACUCCCGACGGCACAAUUGCUGCCUUUGUCGCAAUGGCACAGCUCUCACCCGACCAUGGCUGGCAAGUGAAGUACUCGCUCGACUUCCCCAACGCCCCCUCAGGCUCCAUCGAGUACAUUGUCACGCACGCGCUCAAGGCCGUCGCCGCUUCUGGCGCUGAGUCUGUAACCUUCGGUGGAGGCGCCAGCUCCAAAUUCACCCCGGGACACAAUGUCAAGGGCACUCGCGUCAAGGUGCUUAGCCGCGCCUACCACGCCAUUGCGACCGAGCUCAAGCUCACCAAUAAGACCGAGUUCCGUGAGAAGCUUGGUGCCAUUGAUGACCCGAGCUACAUCUGCUACCCGCCGCACGGGCUGGGCCCCAUGGCAAUCAAGGCUAUCUUGAACUUCUUUGAGGACGACGACAUGUAG